AUGACUGCCCCUCCAGCCGAGCGAUCAUCCCUCUUUGCUGCUCACCACAUGCAGUUCGCCUAUCCUUCGCCUGCAUCCACCGUUGACUCUGAUACGACCUUGCAUUGGAGCCCUAUGUCGCCACCACCCGAACCCAAAUCAUCGCGUUCGCGGAAGACCUCGAGUCUUUCGCCCACAGAGGCGCCAGCAAAGAAUGGAGGCUUCUGCUGGAUUGUCGGCCAAGCUCCCUCGGACUUCAAGACGAGAGACGCCAUGCACAUGGUGCGCCAAACCGCCAUGGUCAGCUACCUCAAGACGGGCAAGACGCAGGGCAGCGCAAAGUCACGAGCAGGCAGUGACGCUUCCGACGGAUCCCAAUCGGGCGGAGAGAGGCAGAGUCGCCCAAUCGCCGCAGCCAGGAAGAAGAGCAGCAGCCGGAAAAAGAAGCAGUCUCCUCCCCAGCAUUCGCCAAAAGGAGAGCCCCAGGAAGGCUCGAGUCCGGACACCCGGAUAGUAAAAGCAAAGUCGCUGCAGUCCGUCAUCCCUCAAACACCCAUAGUCGUUCCCUUGCAACCUGAAAUCCGCUAUCCCUUUGACGAGUUCCGCAUGCCGCCUCUGGUCUCAAUAGGCGUGAGCCUGGACCCUUUCCGCACCAUGUUCCAAUCGAAUGAUUCACGCGUUUCGGUAGAGAGGUUGAAGCACCACUGCAGAACCUACUUUGGCUCGCGGGGCCUGGGAAGACUGUGGAUCCCAAAGUGUCUCGAUCAUCACCAUACCUUUCUCAGCACCCUGUACAUGGCUGCCGCGCACGACGACACGAUAUAUGGUCGCGAAGUGGAGAGCCUCGAAACGGCAGCAUUGCGGCAGGACGUCAUCCAUCAUAUCGGUGCCAAUCUGACAGACCCGGAAAAAAUGGUAGAUGACAGCAACAUCAUUGCAGUCAGCCAACUCAUUCUCGGCGAAGUCAUUGGCCGCACAGAGACGAGUAUGGCUUUCCACCAGAACGGUAUUGAGCAGAUGAUUAAGCAGCGCGGUGGGCUCAACCAGCUGGGCAUGAAUGGUCUUCUAGCAUCCGCCGUAUCUUGGGCACAUCUGGCCACUGCUGUUCUCCGCGAAGGAACCCCGAGCCCCAUGUAUGUCGAAUACUGCGCUAGCAACUCGGUCAAGAGAUACCCUCUUCACGUCACCAUCCCGGAGUCGCCGCUCUACUGUCCCCACGGCAAGUUUGUGACGAUUGAAAGAUCAAAAGCCGUCAAAUACCAGCCCAACACGCUGAAGCUUCUAAACGACAUGCGGACCAUGAUUGGAGAUUUCCUCCGGGAAUCAAGGAAAGCACACUGGAACUCUGAAAAACUUACAGCAAUGUAUAACCGCAUCAGUCAAUACCAGCCUCUGCAACAAAUGUCCAAGGACCAUGUGUCGACAACCGAAGACUGGAAGUACGAAGCAAUCCGCAUAACUGCUAUUGUGCAGGCACACGCACUCGCCAAUCGAACACCAAUUUCCGAGGCUAUUCUACAUGCAUGUCCGACGAGAAGAUCGUCAUCCGCAAUCUACACACCAUCCCUGGCCUCGCAAUCCACCGAAUCGUUACCUUCGCCCCUCGACAUCUCCUACAGCACGCCAGUGACCGAGUACUCCACAAGCCCAUCCUACAGCACCUCGUUCCGCACCAGCUUUUCCAGCCAACACUCCGGUUUUCCCUUCUCACAGCACCGCUCUUCAGACGCGUCCACACACUCCCAAUACCCGGUCUUCUCUUCCCAAGCAUCCACAUCCGCAUCCACAUGCACAUCAUCAGAAACACAGCGCCAGCACCAACGCCGCUUCACCACGCUUUCAGACGUCAAAGACGCGCUGGAAAAAUCAAACCUAUCCUACUGCUGGGGCGACAUGGCCGGCGUGCUCCUCUGGAUCGGCCUCGUCAUGGGCGCCGCAAGCUACCACGAAACCCACAAGCCCACGCGCCGCUACUUUUCCGCCCUCACCAUCCGCGCCUGCAUCAUGCUCUGCUUCGAGCACCCCCAGGCUAUGCAUGCCACCAUGCUGCAGAUGACGCAGGUCGUUGAGGCCCUCGGCGCCACCUCGAACGAUUCUGCCACCGCUGCGCAGCUCGUCAGGAGAGAUGUGGACGCGCCGAGGAAACGCAGUAGACCGGCGUGA